UUACCGAUGUCGGUGUGCGUCAGAGUUAAUGCCUGUUCCAGAAGAACCAACCACGAAAACAGACUAAAAUCACUUCUGCUCCAUUGCACAAAAUUCGCUGUUAAUCUAUCUAUACGAGCCAAUAUUUUCUUUUCCCGGGAAAGCUUACAUUUAUUUUUUCCCCAUUCAAAAUUCACAUUUGCGCCGAAUGCUAUGCGUUUGAGCCCGAUCUGAAGCAUAGAGUUUUUGAAAAAUGGGGGAAAAGUCUGGUUCGAAGGGAUGGUGUGGUUGGUUACUCGUUUUGGUGAUUCUUGCUCUGAUUGUGGGUGCCAUUGUAUUCGCAAUCAAGAAGAAGAAAUCAGGUAACUCCGACGAGGCUGCUCCGGUUCCUGGACCUCCCGGUGCAAUUUCUAAGGACUACGCUGACGCCCUCAAAAUUGCUAUGCAAUUCUUCGACGUACAGAAAUCUGGAAAGUUGGAAGACAAUAAGAUAUCAUGGAGGGGCGAUUCGGGUUUAACAGAUGGAAGUGAAGCGAAAGUGGAUCUGACGAAAGGAAUGUACGACGCCGGAGAUCACAUGAAGUUUGGUUUUCCAAUGGCGUUUACUGCCACUGUCUUGUCUUGGACGAUUCUCGAGUAUGGUGAUCAAAUGGAUGCAGUGAAUCAGUUGGAGCCAGCUCAAGACUCACUGAAGUGGAUUACUGACUACCUUAUUAAUGCUCACAUUUCAGACAAUGUCCUCAUUGUCCAGGUGGGUAAUCCUGAAACAGACCAUAAGUGUUGGGAAAGGCCUGAAGACAUGGCCGAGAAGAGGCCUCUCACACAGGUUAAUACCUCCUCUCCGGGAUCAGAUGUUGCAGGUGAAACUGCAGCAGCUUUGGCUUCAGCAUCUCUUGUUUUCAAGAAGAGCAACCCAACAUACUCGAGCAAUCUUCUUAAGCAUGCCAAGCAAUUGUUUGCUUUUGCUGAUAAGUACAGAGGCUUAUACAGUAAAAGCAUCCCAGAGGUCCAGACAUAUUACAAUUCAACAGGAUUUGGGGACGAGCUCUUGUGGGCAGCAAGCUGGCUCUUUCAUGCAACCGGGGACCAUUCAUACCUUGAUUAUGUGACUGGGGACAAUGGGCAAGAAUUUGCUAAUUUUGGUAGUCCGACCUGGUUUAGUUGGGAUAACAAGCUUGCAGGAACCCAGGUUUUGUUAUCUAGGAUAAGCUUCUUUGGUGCCAAAGGUGUCUCAAACACUGGUGGCCUUCUGAAGUACAGACAGACUGCUGAGGCUGUUAUAUGUGGGCUCUUACCACGUUCUCCAACUGCCACUGAAAGCAGAACAAGGAGUGGUCUUAUAUGGGUCAGUGAAUGGAACGCUCUACAGCACCCUGUUGCUUCAGCAUUCUUGGCUGCUGUUUAUAGCGAUUAUAUGCUUACAACUCGAACAGCAAAAAUAUCCUGUGAUGGACGAUCUUUCACACCAGCAGAUAUUCGCAAAUUCGUUAGAUCACAGGCUGAUUAUGUCUUGGGCGAAAAUCCUAUGAAAAUGAGCUUUCUUGUUGGAUAUGGCGACAAGUUCUCGCAAUUUGUACACCACAGAGGGGCUUCUAUUCCUGUUGACGCAAAGACCGGAUGCACUGAUGGUUUCCAGUGGCUUGAAUCAACUAAGCCCAACCCCAAUGUAGCUGUUGGAGCACUUGUUGGUGGACCCUUUCUCAAUGAAACAUUUAUUGAUUCCCGGAACAACUCCAUGCAGACUGAGCCAAGCACAUACAAUAGUGCUGUAAUUGUUGGUCUUCUAUCAAGCUUGGUCACCACCUCCUCAGCAGUUCAGUCCUUCACCUGAGUUACUAAACUGUGAAACAUGCCUGUAAUAUGCGUUGUAUAUCUGUAUGGUUGAUUUGUUUUGUGAGAGCUUUAGCCCUAUAGUAGUUUGCUUUACAUGUGAAUUAUGUGGUAGCUUCUUGCUUCCUCUUUUGUGAGCUCCUAUAAUCACUCGUUUUGGUAGAGGGCAGGAGUAAUUCUUUCUUAGCAGUAGUCUGUAAUGAGACAAAUUGUUCUUCCCUUUCGUCUCCUGCCCAAAAUUUAUAGCGAAUAUUAAUGUAAUAUUUGGGAAGAAACUAAGUGCUUGGAGUUAUGGCACUGGCCUAGUUUUCUAA